CCUUAUUAAUCUUAAAUACACUCAAAUUGAACUCUAGAGUACAUCCAAGUAUAGCCACUAAUGGCCGCCGAUAAAGAUUAGAUAGAUAGCUUCUUGCUUUCUCUUUACCACAGAGAGGUUGUAGAGAUAGAACCCAAUGUCGGGAGCUUGUAUUGCUUCGUCUUCAUCUUGCUGGGGCCUCACUGGAAAGUUCAGGAAUCUCAAUGUUAAUUCCACUCCUUCAAACGCUUCUUUCCCGAGCUUCUCAGCCAACACUUCUCUCAACCUCUUCUCAAAAGGUGCCGUUAAGUUGAUGCCCUUGCAAAGACCAAUUCGUCGGUCGAUUGUGUGCGAAGCUGAGUCGAAGCAGAAGGCGGAUUCGGCGUCUAAAAGGGCGCGGCAAGCUGAGAAAAGGCGCAUUUACAACAGAGCGCACAAAUCAGAGAUUAAAACUCGAAUGAAGAAGGUGUUAGAAGCAUUAGAUGUAUUAAGGAAGAAGGAAGAUGCGCAGCAAGACGAAGUUGUUAGUGUGGAGAAAUUGAUUGGAGAUGCAUAUUCUGUAAUUGACAAAGCUGUGAAGGUGGGAACCCUCCACAGGAACACAGGUGCAAGGAGGAAGUCUCGACUUGCGAGGCGAAAGAAAGCCGUCGAGAUUCAUCACGGUUGGUAUGUCCCUGCCAUACCAGAUUCAGUUGUAGUCUCUUGACUGUAGGAAGAAAUAGACGAGCCUUGUUUUAUUUAUUCCCUCAACCACCUGAAUGGCUGAAUAUAGACAUUGUAUCUUUCCAUGAAAUCUUGUAGUCUAUAUAUCUG